GAAUCUGGAAGAGAGGGGAGUAGUUAGAAAGUCGGCCUUGGAAUCCGAAGGACCUGGGCUCCAGGAAUCCCACCUCUGACCUAUACUAGCUGGGUGGUUCCGAGCUGGACGCUUUCGCCAGAUCCAUGCCGCAGGCAACGAUAGUAGACUAAAUUGCACACUGGGUUCUGGGCUGCAUUGAUGGACGGAGUUUUCUUUCUGGGCAGCUCCCUACACCACUGAAAUAAUAGGUCCGGACAAGAAAUAAGUGGUGGUUGGGGUACGCUUGCCACUGAGAGAUCAAGGAAGGCCUCUUUAGGCGAUGACAUUUGAGCAAAGCUGAGAAGGGACAAGGGAGUGCAUUCCAGGUGCGGGGAGCAGCCUAACCAAAGGCGCAGAGAUGAAAGUCCUGCGAAGGAUCAGCGAAAGCCAGCUCGGCAGGACAGAAGCGGGUAGGGAAGAUGCCUGCAAAGGCCACUCUCUAGCGGUGGGACGACAUUUCUCCGAACCUCAGUUUCCUCCUCUGCAGCAAGAGUAUAAUGGCACACCGCAGGAGGGUAGGACCUGGUAAAACCUUUCUCACGCACCUCUGCAGUAAAGGUGCAUCCUCUCCCCUUUGGUCCUCCCCAGCAUCCAGGCUGAGUUGAGGAGCUUGUUCUCUGCCCCUGGAGAUCAGGACAGAAAGCCACAGACAAACAGACUAAUGUCUGGUUCUUAGGCUCAGCCUUGGGGACUGGAAAUGCCUUUGUGACCCCUGCUGAGCUCCAUAGUCUGUCUUCCUCAAGGGAGCACCCACUGGCCCUGAAGACUAGGAAACUGGGUAGCAGGGUCAUGAGGGACUGACUAGGUCAUGGCCCUGGGCCAGUGGCCACUUCCAGUGCCCCCCAAGUGAGCAGCCAGCUAUGGCCAGCAGUGGGGCCCGAACCUUUGUUUGGCAUGUGUUCCCCUCCAUGCCCACAUGUCGGGUAUACUGCACACCUGCAUACCAAGAUGGGCACCUUUUUGUGCUGGGUGGAUGCAGCCGGGCAGGCCUGCCUUUGGGCACAGCAGAGUUGCUGGAUGUAGCUUCUCAUAAGUGGCUUUCACUGCCCCCUCUGCCCACGCCUAGAGCUGGUGCAGCUGCCAUAGCCCUAGGCAAGCAGGUGUUGGUGAUUGGGGGCAUGGAUGCUGGGCAGAGCCCCCUGGCUUCUGUGGAGGCUUACCACACGGAUGAAGGCCGCUGGGAGCUUCGAGCUGCCCUGACACAGCCAGCCAUGGGCAUCUCAGCCUUGGAGAGGGAUGGUGUGGUAUAUGCUCUAGGUGGGAUGGGUUCCGACACAGCCCCACAAGCACUGGUGAGGAUGUACGAACCUUCCAGGGACCGGUGGCUCUCCUUGCCUUCCAUGCCCACACCCUGCUAUGGGGCCUCCACAUUCCUUCAGGGGAAUAAGAUCUUUGUUCUGGGGGGCCGCCAAGGGAAGUUGCCUGUAACUGCCUUUGAGGUGUUCGAUGUUGAGCUGCAGAAUUGGACUCGGUACCCAAGCGUGCCCAGCCGGCGGGCCUUUGCUAGCUGUGCCAUGGCAGAGGGCAGCUUCUUUAGCCUGGGAGGCCUGCAGCAGCCUGGACCUCACAACUUCUAUUCCCGCCCACACUUUGUCAACACUGUGGAAAUGUUUGACUCUGAGCAGGGUGCCUGGACCAAGCUUCCACGUUCUCUUCGAAUGAGAGAAAAAAGGGCAGACUUUGUGACUGGCUACCUUGGGGGCCAGGUUGUGGCAGUGGGAGGCCUGGGCAACCAGCCAUGUCCCCUGGGCUCUGUAGAAGGCUUCAGCCUGGCAAAGAGAAAAUGGGAGGUACUGCCCUCGAUGCCGACAGCUCGAUGCUCCUGUUCCAGUCUCCAGGCCGGGCAACAGCUUUUUGUCAUUGGUGGAGUGGCCCAGGGCCCCAGUGGAGCUGUGGAGGCCUUGUGCCUACGGGAUGGGGUCUGAAGACUGGCACAACCCACCUGA